AUGUCUCUGGGUCAACACCAGCUGAUGUCUCUUGCACGAGCGAUGCUCGCCAAGAAUACGCGCGUGCUUUGCUUGGAUGAGGUCACAGCUGCGAUCGAUAUCGAGACGGACAAUGCGAUCCAGCAAGCGCUCCGACGCGAGAUCAACACGAUCAUGGACAGUGAUCAGAUCUUGGUGCUUGAUAACGGUGAGAUGAAGGAGUUUGAGUCGCCUGCAAAGCUGUUGGCAGACCCAACCUCGAUCUUUCACUCGCUCGCCAAGGAGUCUGGAAACCUUUGA